AUGGCUGCUAUUGCUUUCCUUCCUCUUCCUUCAUGGGGUCACAGGCCAACAAAACAGAAGCAACAGGAAACAAACAAGCAAGCUACUAUGAAGAAUCUCAGGUCUCGGUUACCACCAUUCUUUCUCAGGACAACCUCGCUCCUAGCGAAAGAUCAAAGGCCAGGUGUGAAGCAACUUCACGAUCCAAUUCAUUCCCUAAAAUCUCCUGACACAAGGCGAACUAGAAUUGGCUUCUUUAUCCAGCGACAGGCUCCAAUCGAAAGGAACCGCGCGUACGCUAGAAAAGACAUGCUGAAGGAUCAGCUGACACUAGAUAAGAAAGGCUUUCGAUCGAAGCUCUCGAACCUGUUUCGAAGUUAUGGCAUUCCUAUCUACAUGCUUUCGACCCGUUCUGCCACUCUACUUCGGCUAGGCCUUUCUUCGACGGCUUGGGAAAAAAACUUCGGCGCAGAUGGUCUUCCUACUCCCUUCGGAUUGACCACUAUGGCUAGCUGGCUCUCUUUACUUUUAUUACUUAAACCGCUUACUGAAAGAUUGAUUGAAGACCUUCUUCACUGGGGAAUCACGAGUUGGGCUCGAACCAACAUCUCUUUUGCGACUUUCCGUUUAGUCGAUCAUGAUGGGAUGAUCCCGCUGCCCAGGAUCUCGGCACCCCUCCCACCUUUCGGUGAGAUAUUUUGCCUUUGCACAGUUAGAAAACAAAUAGAAUCAAAAAGGCCAUCAUUAAUGCGAACAAGGCAAUAG